AUCGUCGAUCACUAGCAACCUCAGUCAGUUGCUGACAUUCCAUCGAGAGAUGAGCGCGAGUAUACCGGUAACACUUGAAAAUUUCUAAACGUAGUAAUCUUUAAUUAUUGCCAAUGUGGGUUUAAUGUUGUGAAUCUACAAACGUCCAUACUUAUGUGUGUAACGACUUAAUAGUGACUAUAUAUGUAACGUCUGUAACCAAGUCCAAUUGAUGGCAUGGAAAAUGUUUGUGGAACACACGACAAGAAAGAGAAGGGGAAUUUGCGAAGAACAGGUUAAAAGAAAAGUGCAGUAAUGUUGGUAUUGUAUGGAAGUAUUUACAUAAGUCCCAAUCAAAUAAAAUUUUAAAGUUAUUAAAGAAAAUUGCAAUACGUACAAAUCUGUACGGCAGAAACUGUGGUGUAACAGGUAGUCUCCACCGAAACAGCAAAGUAACAAGUGAGAAGUGAUUGUUGGAAAACAGACCAAUACGGAAAGGAGGAAAGACAUUAAACUGUGGAAACCUUAAGGCAUGUCAACAAAUGUGAAAAUCCUUUAAUAUUAUACAUAUGUUAACACUUUAAUAUUUUUAACAAAUCCAACAAAAUACUCCAAGUAAUAUUACAAAUGCAAAAGCAAAUAAAAGAAAAAGACUUCUUGUGAUCAUAUUCAAGACAUUCUAAUAAACAAACGGCCAUUAAAAAGGAAAUAUGCAGGCCUCAGAAUAUUUGGUGUCGCUAUAUAUCGCAACAUGUGGACAAAAUGGGCCAGGACUAGGAGCGGAUGAAAAGGAAAUAAUAUUGCUAGUGUACAUUAUUUUGGAAGCUAGUAGCGGAAAGAUUAUUGGAACAAAGCAGCUAUUGGUGCGACCUGACGGUAGCUUUGCUAAGGAUCGUACAGUGUCCGGCUCAUCAGAUGCUUCAGUAGUCGUACGAGCAUCAUCGCCUGCUCUUGCAUCCCAGCAAGCUGAUGCCAUUAACAAUAACAACACUAGCGUUAGUAACUCAAACACACUGUUGAAAAGUGUAUACAACAAUCCAAGUACAACUGUAACUCAUAGUAACAAUAAUAACACGAUCACAAAUGGAUCUAGUAGUAGUAUUGUACCGGCAGAUUCGAUUACAACAACAGUUAAUACAGCAUCAUUCUCAGAGACAAUUGAGCUUCCUUUAGCAGUAGCUCACUCUCAGGGAAAGCCCCUCCAGGAAGCAAUAGACGAGUUCGAUGAAUAUUUACGCUCUUUGAUAUUAUACGGCGAAGAUAUCGAUAGUAUCAAUUUGAUUACUGAUGGGCAACUUCCCUUACGUCAGUGUCUUCAUCGGGAGGCCUGCGCCAAAAGCAUUCAGCUGCCGAACUAUUACAACCGUUUCUGUGAUCUGCGCAAAGAAUUUCUCAAGUACAAAUCAGGUGACUUAUCACGCGCUUUGGUUCCCGUCAAAGACAUAAAAAAAAUACUCCAAAUACCAACAGCUGCGGCACCUCAGAGUAUUGGAGAGAUGAUGAAAGACCUUAAUAUUACUAAUAGUGAAGAACAGGAGUUCUAUGUUAAAGAAUCUCGUGAAAUGGUCUCGGUGAUACAAGUAAUGUUAAAAGGAGGACACAAAUUUAAGGCAAAUGAAAUAGUGACCCUAGUUCUGGAACCUGGAAUUUGCUCAAUUGACGACGACAUAGACGGUAAUUGUAUUGUACGCGCUCGAGGUUUACCUUGGCAGAGCAGUGAUCAGGAUAUAGCUAAAUUUUUUCGUGGUCUGAACGUUGCCAAGGGUGGUGUUGCUCUUUGCCUAUCGCCUCUCGGUCGACGAAACGGUGAGGCUCUUAUUCGUUUUGUAUCACAAGAGCAUCGCGACAUGGCACUAAAGCGUCACAAGCAUCAUAUUGGCAGCCGAUACAUUGAAGUUUAUCGAGCUACUGGUGAAGAUUUCUUAGCCAUUGCUGGCGGAGCUUCUAACGAAGCGCAGGCUUUCCUCUCUAAAGGAGCACAGGUCAUAAUACGCAUGCGAGGCCUACCAUAUGAUUGCACCGCCAAACAAGUAUUGGAUUUUUUUACCACUGGUGAGGACCCUUGUACUGUUCUUGAUGGUGUGGAAGGAGUGCUUUUUGUCAAAAAACCAGAUGGCCGAGCGACUGGUGAUGCCUUCGUGCUAUUUGCUAUUGAGUCGGAUGCGCCUAAGGCGCUUUCUCGCCAUCGCGAAUCAAUUGGUCAGCGUUAUAUAGAACUAUUUCGCUCAACAACAGCGGAAGUGCAGCAGGUUUUAAAUCGUUCCAUGGACCCAAGGACUUACGAAGCUAACCAUCAACAGCCACUUAUUGCCCAAUUGCCAUCAAUGCCGCUAUCGCUGUUACCUCAGCACUUAAUUACUUCAGGAACCACAAAGAACUGUAUUCGUUUACGUGGCCUACCUUAUGAGGCUCUAGUCGAGCACAUUUUACAUUUUUUGGAUGAUUUUGCAAAGCAUAUUAUAUUCCAAGGAGUACACAUGGUUAUCAAUGCCCAAGGUCAACCCAGUGGUGAGGCUUUCAUUCAAAUGGACUCAGAGGAGUCCGCGCGCUUGUGUGCCCUACGCAAGCAUAACCAGUUUAUGAUGUUUGGUAAAAAGUACCGCUAUAUUGAAGUGUUCCAGUGCUCUGGCGAUGAUAUGAACAUGGUCCUGAAUGGGGGUCUACAAUCCCCCAUUUCUGCAACACCACAUCCUCAUCAUUCAGCUGCAGCUAAACAGUCAUCGCUGCUUUCACCGGGUAUGUUACCUCAACCGUCGCCGUCCAACGCACAGGCAAUUAGUUCUCAUACGCAUGCUCAAGCCCACAAUCACGGUCAUUCAAAUGCUCACAUUCACACUCAUGGCCAAAGUUCCCAUUUAACACAUGCGCAUGCGCAUACGCAUGCAAUGCAAUCAUCACCAUCGAUGGCAGCAGCAGUUGCUGUGCUAUCACAACAACAGCACGUUGCGCUGCCAUCAACAAAUGCACAAACGGUGGCAGCUAUGACAGCUUCGGCAGGUAGCCUUUCUCCCUUUAUGACGGCCUCAGUUGGCACAACACCAAAUGCUGCUCAGCAUCAAACCAUAACGGCACAAACAAAUGCUGCCGCCGCUGUCGCUGCUGCUGCUGUUGUACAAAAUGCGGUUCCACUUGGUGGGCUAGGAAAUGCGCAAACUUCAACCUUACAAAUGCCAACGAGCACUUCAAAUGCACAAACAUCUCCUAUGGCUGCAUAUCCAUUUAAUUAUCCUUUACAUUCUUCUCAGUUGUCUAUGGGCGCUAACUCUGUGCUUAUUGCGCAACAGCAGGCUCAAUAUAUCGCGCAGCAAAAUUUGUUGGCACGACAGCAAGCUGCAGCUGUGGCUGCGGAACAACAACAUCAACAACAACAGCAACAACUGUAUGCAAAUUUUAUGAACCCUUUGCUAUUCCAACACCCGUCUGCUACGGGUGCGUCUAAUGUAACGUCGCCUAGCCCUUCUACUGCUGGUACACCAACAACGCAUCCUCAGUUUGUGAUUAUGCCACGCCCAUUUUCCUUUCAACCAUUUCCGAUCGGUUAUUUGCCACAAGGCUUUCCAUAUGCAGCAACUGCAACGGGUUUGAGUGGCGCAGGUGCACCAGGCCCAGUGGCUGGCGUCAUGCCCAACGCACCAAUGACAGCAGGCCCAACUAUGGCCCACUCAAUGAAGCGCUCGUAUGAGAAUGCCUUCCAGCAGGAAAGUAAUAUUGCGACUGCCGCUAAACGGGCUCUUACGCGCCCACCAAAUGCCGGUAGUCUAUACCAGUUCUAUAAUCCUGGAAUUUAGACAGGUUUAGAUUUGACAUAAGACAUAAAAUGCUGCUAAAAGGACGAACUGAUUAUUGAUCAACUUUUUUCCUUAUAAAUAUCAGUUUUUAUAGAUAGGCAGUUUUUUUACUUUAAUGUAACGUAACAAUCCGACAGUCGUUUGUCGUUAAAAUUUUAGUUCAAGCUUGGUAUGUAUCAGCUAAUGUAAAGAUUAACGUGCCUGUGCCACGUAUAUAUUCCCUUCAAUAACGUUUUAUACAUUUAAAAUGUGUUCAUAAAAUGAUGGGGACUAAAUGGAAUGAUUGCAAUAAAACACAUUAUACUACACUGUCAUUUAAUUAAUUAUUCACAUUGUUUCCGUUUAAUAUGCAUCUGCGGUCAUAUGGAAGAUUAGCUUAAGUCGAGUUAAGGGAAAAAAUAUUGGUAAUAGUCUAUAUGCUCAAGCUCUUAACGUUAAGCUAUUUACCAUAACGAACAUAUGUAGGUAUAUACUUAUAUAACCAGUUAAAUCUAAAUUUGGCACUCUAUAUAUCCACUCUAAACAUACAUACUUCCAUAUAUACGACAACUUACUCAGUAAGAUUUCAUAGAAUUAAGAAUACAAUUGUGUUGUUUUUAACUGCAAUUUAGUUUGGAUAUAUUAGACUGGAAUAUCGUAAAUCCAAAUUACAUUUGACGUGUAAAGUUUAUCUGGGUAAUAUAUGAAUUUGUAAGCAUUUGAAAAUAGAUUAAUUCUUCGCAUCUCAAUUUUUAUUAAACUAUUACGACUAACGCGUGAAUUUUAUAUUCUUUUUAAACUUAUCAACAAAAUACAAAUAUGGCGAAACGACUCAAUAAGUUGAAAGAGGCUAGCAAUAUUCAUUAACAAAGGGAUUAAAGCUGAGCCAUUCAUAUGUUUGCGAAUAAAAUAUAUUUUGUAAGACUUGUGCAAUUUCGUUCUUUAAAAUUAAUUACAUUUUCCUUAAUUAUUUUUGCAAUUAAAGGGCUACUUCGUAAAUGAAUAUUGCAAGGUGUUGGAUUUGUAUUUGCCUUAAACACAAAACGUUUUGCUAUCGAUAUAAUAAAAUUCACAAAUUUUGCUGGGCUUUUUUUUAUAUAUGAACACUAUUUAUAUGUAUGUAUUUGUUUAAUGCAAUUAAAAAUCUGAUUAAGCGGCUUUUAAAUCUUAAGGAUGUUUUAAACUUUUUAGUAACGAUUGAAUGAAAAAAUCUGUUUGGAAAUGAAUGUAGCAUUUAAAUGAAAACAACUUAUGAUUUCUAAAAUCGCUAUGGUCAAAACCUAUCGAUACUAAAUAUAAUAUAUAUGUUUUACUAAUUUUACAUGGCAAUAUAAAUAUCGUUCCUUUGAGCAAAUGGUUUCUAAGUAAUUUCAUACAUAUACUUAUUUAUAUACCGAACAUGUUACAUACAUAUGUACUAAAUUUAAACAAAAAAAUUAUGAAAUCAGAAUGGAUUUGUCUCCAUGGAGCGAUAUUUUAAUUUAGACUACUUAUUAUUAAGACUAAAAUUCUAUAUUCAUUCUACUAUUUAAAUCAAUGUGAAUAUGACUAGUUACAAAUGAAAACUUUUCCUUUGUCCGUUGUCUUUAAAUUCAUACUUCAAAAUUUAUCAAUAUUUAUUGUACCUACACUAUCCUUGGUUCUUGAAAGCGCACAAUUGUUUAAUAAUUUUCCUUUUUUAUGUUCGCUUGAUUUUCUCAAGAGUCAGUUCAAUAUUAUAGUACGCUUUCUUUUAUGGUUAUUUAAUAUGAGUUCAUCAUUAUUUGUGCAUAUGUAUAUGGUGUUAGUCGCAUAUCGAUUUAUGUUUACUUUUAUCACUAAUUUUCCCCAUUUGCUUAUUUAAUUACAUCGAUUUGGUAGGGAGAGUACAUAUUUUACUCAUGAAAAUAAUAUUUUGAAACUUUUUUUCAAGCAAAAACUUUACCAAAAUGCGUCAUUUAUGUAUUUCUAUGAUUAUUUUUUAUUACCAAAUGACUCUAGCUAAAAUGUCAAAAAAAUGGUAUCAAUUAUUUGGGAAAUGCAUGAUGAAACAUUUCAUAUUUAUACAUUUAUGCUUUGAACACAAGGACGACUGCACGACACUAAUGCACGGCAGCUGAAUUUUUUUGUCGUAUACUAUAUUUUGAAAACGGCAGCAGACAUAUCGAGCAUCUGAUGGACACAACUUCGUUGUUUGUCGUACUAAAACUGUUCACUUGAAAGAAAUUUAAAUAUUUUUUAAUUAUUAAUUGUCAAAUGAUAUAUCAGAGGUAUUUUGUGUUUUUGUUGUUAAAGUGACAUUAGACUUGUUAAAGUUUCGAAUAAUUUUACAUUUCACAUAUUAGCGGUAACAGUACAUUUACCAAUUGUCGUCGGUUUCUAAGUUAUAAUUUAGCGACAGCGACAACUGCAAGCCUGCUGCCGUGAAGUAGUGCUGUUGUCUAAAUAACUGUUCCCAUAAAAAAGUGUGUUUUAAUUUUUGACAGAUGCUUGUCGCUUGCCACCAUCUAUGUGUUCCAUGCAUUACUAGUAUUUUACUGGCUUCUUCUACCAUUUUAGAUAUGCGUCUCUAUUUUAUCUGGCGAAAUGGUGUUCACAAAUUUACAGUAGUCAUCUCGUAGUGGUGUCAAUAAUAUGACAUGUCUUUUAUAUUUUUAUAAAAAUUAAAUUUUGAAGCAAUGUUAGAAUUCUCGAUCCAAUAUAAGAGUAAUAAUUAGCUAUGUGGAUUGCUAUAUACCUUUUAAAAUAAUACGUUUCAUGGGUUACGAAUAAAAUGAUUUUAAUACUGCAUUUACUCAUGUUAGUAUGUUUUGAAAAUCAAAGUACCUAUAUAUUAUAUGUAGUAUAUGUUCUAUAUGUAAAUCCUAUUACCCAUAGAAGCAACAGUUUGUUUAACCGCCUUAAAUUUAAAUAAUUGUAUUUAAUAAGGAAAGGAAAUAUUAAGUACUUCCGUUGUUACGUCGCUGAUAACAUUGAGAAGUUACACCUAAGAGUGUUUAAAUUUCUCAUGUCUUCUAAUUGUAUGUCUAUUACUUCGUUCGAUAAUAUUUAAUGGCAUGCUAAAAUAGGAAAGCUUUUAAUAUUUCAAAACAUUUAUUGCAAUUUUUCUAAAUAUACCUAGAAACUAACAUUAUAAACAUAACCGAAUAUGCGACUCGAAAUUGAUUUUGUGUUCACUUAUGUACCAUAUAUGCACACCCUUACCAAAGUGUUUAUUGAUCCAUAUCUUUUGACAAUAUGAUAAAUUCACAAUAUUUCGCGAUAGCUUUUAUGUUAAUGUUACAGACGAAGACUUAAGGCCCAUUCACAUACAACCUUCAUCGCUUUGCGUGAUAGUUCAACUGAAACAACGAAGCGUCGAAAACAAAGGGUAUGUCACAAUGAACGCUUUGCUUUCAGUGUUUCCCUCUAAUAAAAUUGGCGGUUCUUGCUUGGAAACGCGUAAAAAGAUGAGAGUUGCCCAAAAUUUUUGCUUGGCUUCGCGCCGAAAACUUUGUACGUACUCAUACAAAAGCGUACAUCGAACUUUUAUGUCAAAACAAAUAUCUGACACAAAGCGAAGCUAAAGUUUUAUGUGAAUUGGUUAUAUAUACUAUACUCAAGGAAAUGCUUUCAAUGAAUAAAUCUGUAUGUAGCUCAAUAAUUGCACCGUUUACUUAGUAAUAAACAUAAUAAUUUAAUGACAAUGCAAAUUUAAAUAAACAACAAUUCAUGUGUAGUUAUAUACAUUUAUGUGUCUUAGGUUUGUUUCAGUCAUCUAGUAAUCGCUAGGAAGUUGGGUUUUGGUUUAAUGUAUGGUGAUUAUUUUUUUCAGUUACUCAUGUGUGUCAUUGAUACAUGCUUACAUGCAUAUUGUUUCCAAUCGGUUAAACGUUUCUGCUUACAGACAACUAGAGAUAUAUAUAUGUAUAUAUAUAUACAUAUAUCUACAUAUAUAUAUUCAUAUAAUAUAUAUACAUAUAUAUCAUUCCGGAACUAAGAAAUAAAUUUUGAUAUGACUUAGGUAAUUUGUUCCUACACCUGUUCACAAUUUUGAAUGGCGAACUUGUGUUGCAUAACUUAAUUAACAAAAACAGCUCACAACGGGAAUAAAGUGAAAAUGUUUAAGCAUUCCCAAUGUACGUACAUUUAAUCAAAGCCUAAAUUGCUGGCGAAGGAAAUGAAGCAACCUUCCAAUUAUGAAAGUAUCAUACGGCUAGAUUGUGAAUAAAAAGUUGUAUGAAUAUUACGAAAUAUUUAAUAUUAAUAAACAUUAGACAUUUUGAUAUUACCUUUGCUCAAUUUUAUAUAAAUGAACUUAAAUAAUAAUAUAAUAAAAAUAUUUUAUAGAAUUGCACUGUUUUUCAAUUCUAGAUUUUUAUAUACA